GUUUAUAUUUACUGAAAGUAAAUAAUAAUUACAACAAGGGAUAACAAGAAUAAAACACGACCCCUAAACAAUGGGGGUACCAAAGUAGAGGCCUUUAGACCAAGUUGCCCAUGCAAGGGCAAUUGCUGGAAACAGGCUGACCAUCACGUGAUGGAGUCAGUUCAUCGCGCGAGUGUCAUGACUAGACUUUCAAGAAUUACUUUGCAUGCCUGGGCUCUGAGACAUGUUCAGAAGCAACCCAGGGGCAUUCCCAAGCUAAUGAAUAAGAGUUCUAAGUUAAACUACGAAUUUUAUCAUGCAAAAUAGUGAAUCAGUUUUAGUCAUGCUUCACAGUUAUUCAUAACACUGAUAAAACAGAAAAUAAACUAGCGUCCCAUCCCCAUGAGGACCAUCGCGCGCUGAUGAGAACCGUCGCGGCUUGAUUGGGUCCAUCGCGCGUGGGAGUGCUAGUGCACGAUUUCUUGUAGCCUUGCUGACUUUAGGACCAGGACUGGUAUAGAUUACCAACCUUGGCCCUGACAGCCCCCCUCAGGAAUCAAAACAGUAAAUAGUAGGGAAUUAUACCUUUGCUUGAGUGUCUUGAAAAUGGAUUGAACAAGAUGGUGUAGCUUGGAAAAUGAGUGUAUGGAUGUGGUUAGAGUGAGGAGAUAUCAAAUGUGCUAGGGCUUGUAGAGUCUUUUUUGCUUGAGAAUUGGUAACCUUUUGGAAGAAGUACCAUGGGGGGUACUCAUAGGGCAAGAUAAGGUGUAUGGUGGGUGAAGAACUUGGCUUACCAACCAACCGACAAUGCUGACCAUCUUCCCUUGGUGGAGGAAGAGGCCAACAAGGUGAUGGGAGUGGUUGUGAGGGUAGUGCAACCCAUGCACCUGCAGAACACUAUUCAGUCGACGAAAAUAGGGUUCCUCAGGACAGUGGCCCCCCUGAUCAUCACAAAAUCCUAUAGGAAAAAGGUGAAAGUGACAGGUGUUAACCAUCGUGCGAUGAAGUGACACCGUCAACGCGAUGGUUAAACUAGCCCUGUGAUGGUCAACAGUAAAGGCUUUGACUUUGACCAACACCUGACAGAUGGAUCAUCGCGAGGUCAGGGUUUUGAUUUAGGGUUUUUGGGUUAAGACGAGCUCCACUCACUCCAAGCUCAAACCAUUCCGCUCUCGAGACUGUUUUUGAUCUGAUUCAUCAUCGGGGAAGCAAGAAACCAAAAAAAAAACAAUGUAAAACAAUUAGGAAACCAGAUUGGGGUGUCUACAGUAGUCCCUCUUUAACGGCACGCGGAGCACCAUUGAUUGGUACGGGUAACGUCAAAGAUUUCUAGACACCCCUCCAAUUUACCCAAAAACCGAUAAAAUGGAAAAUGCAGACGAGUAUAUAGAAAUACCGUGCACCAAUGGAUCGAAGAGCGGAUCAAUCAUUGAAUAAACUCUCCUGGGGAAUAAAUGAGAUGGACGGAUAGAUCGUCGCCGAUUUGACAUUGGACGGAUAGAUCGUCGUUGAUUGGAAUUGGACGGAUGGAUCAUCGUUGAUUGGAAUUGGACGGAUGGAUCGUCGUUGAUUGAUAAUUGGAUGGAUAGAUCGUCAUUAAUUGAUAAUUGGACGGAUGGAUCGUCGUUGAUUUGAAAUUGGACGGAUGGAUCAUCCUUGAUUUGAAAUUGGACGUGUGUGCAGGCAGACUACCGCUGGGGAUACAAAAGAACUCCGGAUUUGAAGAUCAUUUAAAGCAUGACGACCAUAAAAAUUGCUGCGGUGCCAUAACGAGAAACCAUGGGCCUGCGUAAGAACGACAAACAUGAUCGAGCCUGUCCAGAAGCUGGAUUGGACCAUCGCGCGACAGAGCCACUCCCUCGCGCGAGGGUUUCCUGUUAGGGCUUGGGUCUGGAAAAAGCCCACACCUGUUUUCUUCCAUACAAUCGACGGGGACGUUCUGAAACCACUCACAACAGUUUCAAACUCUCUCUAACUCUCUUCUCCCUCAAAAACUCUUCCAAACCGUUGAUUUUCUUCCCAAAAUCAAAAGCCCCAAACUCACUCACUCAUCCAUGGCAGACCAUGGCAGUGGUGGUAAUGAGGGAGAAGUGGUUGAUCGUCCGGAAGACCAAGGAGGACCAAUGGAGGUUGAAAUAGGAGACCAACAGCCAGUGGAGACUGUCUUGGGUAUUGGUGCAGUGGUAGCAGGCAGCGAUGAUGGCGAUCAAAGCCAUGUGCAGGAAGUCGGUGGCGAUGACGAGCAUCGCGCGACGGAGGAGGCUGGGGCCACGGGGUCUGUUGUUCGGCCAUUGGACCCGAGCGUAACAGUGGAAGGCUCGGUGGUGAUUGGUGGUGAUUCUGGAGUCGCCGGGGGCAGCGGUGCCGAUGGUGAUGACAUGGGGCCGAGUGGGUUUACACCGAGGGAUCUGGUAAGAGGCAAGGGUGUAACGGCUGAGGAGGAAGAGGCCCCGGGGGUCCCUUUUAUGUAUAGAGAGAAGGAUGUGCUCUUCCGGCCAGCGGCGACAUCGUCGAGCCACAGGCCGAUCAUGAAACAGGAUGUCACAGAGCUCCUGAGUGACGAACAACUAGCCCAACUUUUGGAGGAUAACCCCGCGAUAGGGGCUGCUGUUUUGGAAGCCCAAAAGGAGCGAGAGAGGGUGAUAGCAGCUUCAGAGGCUGCGACGAGGGCCGAGAGGGAGAGAGCCGAGGAGGAAGAGGCCCUAAGAGGCAUGGAGGCCGAAGAGAGGGCCGGAGCUAGGGUGUACGGGCCCAAAGUGACAGCAGUGAUAGAGGCGGAGAGUUUGACUCGUGUCCCUUUUACAGCAGAGGAGUACAUGCCACCCACGCCACACUUGUUUAUGCCAUCGGGCUUUGCGGUGUAUAGGCCACAGCGGAUGGAGUAUGACCCUAAGCUCAUCCUGAGAGAUCCCGAGACCCACAUUUUAAGUAGCUAGAUAGAGGUAAAUUCCUAGAAAACCUUCUUUAUAGUUUCAAAUUUGAAUUUGCCCAUUUGUGCUUGAAUGUUGAAACAUAUACGGUAAUCCUCGAAAGAAAAGACCAAUUGUAAUACCAUGAUCUUUAUAUCGAAUGCCAUGCAUGCAACAUAAUAACUUGAACCAACCAUCCGUUACUAGGCUGCAUUGACUACCUAGAACUUGAGAAUGAAAGCCUUGCAUGCUGACAUGCCUUCUCGUUGCUUGUCCUUGUGUCUGAAACAGGCUAGAGCGAGGUAGAGGGAUAUCCGUGGUUUCUGAGGCGCAUGUAGCCCUUUGGCGUUAUACCAGGGUUUGCCCGCCAGGGUGAGGCAGUUAAUAGACGAGGUGGGCUUCAUUGAGUUCAUACAGACCCUUACCCCGGCCAGAAAUGACCAUGCCGUCCUAGUGGCACUUGCAAAGAGGUGGAGGGACACUACCAACACCUUUCACCUACCUCCAGGGGAGAUGACAGUGACACCUGUUGACUUUGCAGCAAUCACCGGCCUGAGAGUUGGGGGCGAGCCUAUGCUGUUUGAUUCGGGCAUUCACGAGGACCCAGUGGCUCUAGAGUGGUUCUUGGGAGAAGCGCCCAAGAUUGUGGAAGGGAUGGCAAGGUAUGGGUAGUUCACCAAAUACCUCAAGAAAAAGGUAACAACUGAGCAGGAAGCGGAGCAGAUGGCCCGGGCAUACCUACUGUACCUCUUUGGCGCGUCCUUGUAUCCGAAUAGGCGUAGUAAGGUCCAUUUGUCAUACCUGCCUGCACUGAGGGACUUGAGGACAGCUUCGCGCUUUGACUGGGGUGGAGCGGCAUUGGGCGCGACCUAUGGUUUUUUGGGCGACUCGUCGAGGACGGAGAUGAGCACUGCUGGGUAUUGGAGAAUCAGGGAGCUUUGGGCCUGCGAGGUUUUGAACAUGUGUCGCGCAGCAUCCAAAAGCUUGGAUUUGGGGAUUCUCCCUCGUGCUCACAUCUAGAGCAAAAAGAAUAUGGGAGAGAAGAAAGAGAGAGGCGACCUGAACGGCUUUUGAAUAUACCUUGACGAGCUUCGACCC